AUCCGCCUAAUUGUUAAUUGGUUCUUGACGUGAAACCUCAUCAAGGUGAUCAGACUUCUAGAACUCAGUUAAAACUUCAGCGUGCGCAGUUUGGACGUUCGGGGGAAAGUUCUUACAAGACUGAGGAUGAACUCUUCGGAAAUUGUUUGCAUGUACGAGGAAUCUGGCAAUUUAACAAACAACUCUACAAACUCGUCAUGUAUGAACAGAACCAUACCAUCCUUCAUCGACAUUGCAUCCUUCAUGCACAUUUUUCCGUCCAUCUACGGCAUCCUGUGUACAGUCGGGGUGAUUGCCAACAGUUUGGUCAUUUAUGCAGUGGCAACUUGUAAGAAAAAGAUGGUCUCUGACAUUUACGUGCUCAACCUGGCGAUUGCCGACUUGCUCUUCUUGCUGGUGAUGCCUUUCAACAUUCACCAACUUGUCAGAGACAGACAGUGGGUGUUUGGGAAUUUCAUGUGUAAAGCUGUGGUCGUUGUGGAUGUUAGCAAUCAGUUCACCACCGUGGGCAUAGUGACGGUGUUGUGUAUUGACAGAUACGUAGCGAUAGUCCACCCCACGUCGGAGCGGAGGACCAUCCAGUGGACCAUCGUUAUUAACCUGCUGGUGUGGGUGGGCAGCUUCCUGCUCACCGUGCCCGUCAUGAUCUACGCCCGCGUCAUCCGCAAGAAGCACAUGGCCAUCUGCAUGAUGGACCUGGACGGGCCGCAGGACAUGUACUGGUACACGCUCUACCAGUCAACCCUGGGCUUCAUCGUGCCCAUUAUCUUCAUCAUCACCUUCUACUCGAUGACACUCUACCACGUGUUCCGCUCCCUCCGGCGGGUGAAGCGCAAGCAGUCCGUCUGGGCCAAGCGGGCCACCAAAACGGUGGUGAUGGUCAUCGCACUGUUCCUGUGCUGCUGGUCGCCCUACCACGUCAUCCAGGUGAUCAACUUGGGCAUCAACUCGCCGACCAACGCUUUCAUCUACGCCUACAACAUCAGCAUCUGCCUCAGCUACUCGCACAGCUGCAUCAACCCGCUCAUGCUGCUGGUGUUCGCCCAGAACUACCGCGAGCGGCUGUGCCGACGCCACGAGCUGCGCAGCUCCCAGACCAACACCUCCAAGACCACCGUCAAGACGGACGCCAACUCUACCACGGCCGCCGACUCCAACUACCGCUGUACUGUUAUUUAGCUGCUGCCAACCAAUGCGAGGA